GAACAAUAAAACAACUCUCCUAUUGAAAAUCCAACAGCUCAGCUUGCCUCAUCCUCUCUCUCUCUCUCUCUCUCUCUCUCUCUCUCAAUGCAGAGGCAGUCUCUGGGCUCGACAGUUUCUAAGUACCACAGCCAUGGUGGAGGAGCCAAAGACGACACUCUCUCAGCGCCAGAUGAUUCUAAACGAAGAGACUUAACUCCCUCUUCACUUCCUGAUUGUAACGACGAAGAACACCACAAAGAGACAAAACUUUUUCGCCGAUUCUCAUCGUCUUCACCAUCAUUUUCUUUAUCAUCAGCUCCUCCCAAUCCUGAGAAACUCGUUCAUUUUAUUCCGCUUCUCACUUUCCUCUGCUUCUUCGUUCUUUACCUAGUCUCUCACAGUCCAUCUCAAUCUGAUCUGGCUCAGUUUAACGGAUUCAAGAGAUCCUCGAAGCAUAUAGAUUCAACUGACAAUAGUGGCGUCGGCGGUGGACUUAGCGAUGUCCGGAGAAGCGAUGUUUUGGCCAUUCGAAGCCUCAGGAACUUGCAAGAGAUUAAACGUGCCUCCCUGAAAUCACGGUCACACAGAAAAAUCGCCAACUUCUGAGGCGCGUUCUCGGGUUCUUGCCUCGGAUUCUCUCUGUUCUUCCGUGGCACGUGCGUUACUGUUUGGAAAAUUUUUUUUCACACAUGUACAUUUUGCAUUUGAAUUUUUGUUGAUUUUGGUUUGCUGAAAACAUUUAGAUAUCUCACUGUUUCUGUUCGGUUGUUUUAUUAAUUUGAUUAUUUUCACCUA